CUUGUUCUUCCUUUCUUACAAGCGACAAUUGCCGAUUUGCCGUCGUCGUCGUCGCCUCUCUCUCUCUCUCGCUUCUAUAUUGUCUUUGACCUUGUGCAAUUUCGCCUCCUCUCUCUCAUAUACACGCUUCUGCAACCACCACUAUAGCUAUAACAAUACACUACUUUCUCUACCAUCUCAACGUGCUUCAAUGUUGAAACUCACCACCACUUUGGUCUCAAAACUCAAUUCUAAGUUUCUAACUGCACACUAUCUUUUUUAGUAAUUUGAGCUUCUGGAUUUUCCCUUUUCUUUUUAAAUCUUGAUUAUUAUAAUUUAUUUCUUCUUAAACUCCCUAUGUUGUGUACUUGCGUUGCCGUAGAAGCCUAAUUUGUCUGGUACCACGUUGGAAUCAAGAGAGUGUCUCAUAUGUUUUGUCUCUUUAGUUUUCGCAUCAUGAGUUCUCAGCUUUAUCAACAUCUUCUCCGAUGUCUUCCAGAACACUCCAAACCCCAAGAUUUACCUCUUUAAUUGAAUUCAAAGACAAACAAGUCUUGCUUCACUUAUGAAUUACGAUGGACCAAGUUGAGAAUUUUCCCAAUUUCAGCUCUUCCAUGAACAAUUCAUCAAGGAACUCGACUUUUGGCCACUCAGGAUCCAAGCCUGUUAGCUAUGGGUCAAAGGGUGCUGAUUCUGGAGCUUUAAGCAUGUCUCAGAAGGAAAUCAGUGACGAGGAUGCAAGAUUGGUGUAUGUUGAUGAUCCAGAGAGGACAAACGAGAGGUUUGAAUUUUCUGGGAAUUCGAUUCGUACUAGCAAGUACUCAAUUAUCACAUUUCUUCCAAGGAACUUGUUUGAACAGUUUCAUAGAGUUGCUUACAUUUACUUUCUCAUAAUUGCAAUCCUUAAUCAGCUGCCUCAGCUUGCUGUUUUCGGUAGAGGUGUUUCCAUUUUACCACUUGCAUUUGUUUUGUUUGUUACUGCUGUUAAGGAUGCUUUUGAGGACUGGAGGAGGCACAAAUCAGACAAAGUUGAGAAUAACCGAAUUGCGUCCGUUAUGGUUGACGGCCAGUUUCAAGGGAAGAAGUGGAAGGAUGUAAAAGUUGGUGAGAUCGUUAAGAUUGCUGCGAAUGAAACCAUUCCAUGUGAUAUUGUGUUGCUUUCAACUAGUGAUCCUACUGGGGUUGCUUAUGUGCAGACUACUAACCUUGAUGGAGAGUCUAAUUUGAAGACUCGGUAUGCGAAACAAGAGACUCAAGCGAAGGUGCCAGAGAAGGAGAGGUUUAUUGGGUUGAUUAAGUGUGAGAAGCCAAAUAGGAACAUAUAUGGAUUUCAGGGUAACAUGGAAGUUGAUGGAAAGAGGUUGUCGCUUGGGUCCUCCAAUAUUGUCCUUAGAGGCUGUGAACUCAAGAAUACUAAUUGGGCUGUUGGUGUUGCCGUGUAUUGUGGUCACGAGACCAAAGCGAUGCUCAACAACUCAGGUGCUCCGUCGAAGAGGAGCCAGCUUGAGACUCACAUGAACUUGGAGAUCAUUAUGCUUUCUGUCUUUCUUGUAGCAUUGUGUUCAGUCACCUCGGUUUGUGCUGCUAUUUGGUUAAAGAGCCACAAGAAUGAGCUGGAUUUGAUGCCUUAUUACAGGAAACUAGAUUUUUCGGAAGGUGAAAUGGAAAGCUAUCAAUAUUACGGAUGGGGAUUGGAAAUCCUUUUUACUUUCCUCAAGUCAGUUAUAGUGUUCCAGGUGAUGAUCCCUAUAUCCUUGUACAUAUCCAUGGAGCUCGUCCGUGUUGGUCAGGCAUAUUUCAUGAUCCGGGACUCCAGAAUGUAUGAUGCAGCAACAAAUUCAAGAUUUCAGUGCAGGGCUCUGAACAUUAAUGAAGACCUAGGCCAAAUUAAAUAUGUCUUCUCUGACAAAACCGGUACACUUACCGAGAACAAGAUGGAGUUUCAAUGCGCGAGCAUCUGGGGUGUCGAUUACAGUUCCACAGAAGCAAGUUUGGAGCAUGGGCAUCAAGCUGAAUGCUCUGCUCAAGUGGAUGGAAAGGUCUUGAAGCCAAAGAUGAAGGUGAAGGUCAAUCAAAAGCUUUUGCAAUUAUCAAAAAAUAGUUUUAGAAAUGUUGAGGGAAAACAAAUAUAUGAUUUUUUCUUAGCACUGGCAGCCUGCAAUACAAUUGUACCUCUCGUUGUUGAUACAUCCGAUCCUACAGUUAAGCUGAUAGAUUACCAAGGGGAAUCUCCGGAUGAACAAGCAUUAGCAUAUGCUGCUGCUGCCUAUGGCUUCAUGCUCAUAGAACGAACCUCAGGUCACAUUGUCAUUGAUAUUCAUGGAAAAAGGCAAAGGUUCAAUGUCUUGGGUUUGCAUGAAUUUGACAGUGAUCGAAAGCGAAUGUCAGUUAUCUUGGGGUACACAGACAAUUCUGUGAAACUUUUUGUAAAAGGAGCAGAUACAUCCAUGCUUAGUGUGAUAGAUAAAUCACUGAACGCUGAAAUACUACGAGCAACUGAAACCCAUCUUCACUCUUACUCCUCCCUGGGUUUGAGGACACUUGUUAUCGGAAUGCGGGACCUGAGUGUGUCAGAAUUCGAUCAAUGGCACUUUGCCUUUGAAGCAGCAAGUACUGCUUUGCUCGGAAGGGCUGCCUUACUUCGCAAGGUUGCUAGCAAUGUAGAAAAUAAUCUGUGCAUAUUGGGUGCAACUGCUAUUGAAGAUAAACUACAGAAAGGAGUACCGGAAUCUAUCGAGUCUCUAAGGACUGCGGGUAUUAAAGUAUGGGUAUUAACCGGGGACAAACAGGAAACUGCCAUAUCAAUUGGCUACUCCUCGAAGCUCUUGACAAACAGCAUGACUCAAAUUAUAAUCAAUAGCAACAAUAGAGAGUCAUGUAGAAGACAUUUACAGAAUGCUCUUGUUAUGUCUAGACAACCAUUGGCUGCAUCUGCAGUUCCCGACAAUUUUGAAGGAUUUUCUGAUGCUAUUGCAACACCAAUAGCCUUGAUUAUUGAUGGUACAAGCCUUGUGUAUAUUCUUGACAGUGAACUUGAAGAAGAGCUCUUUGAACUUGCAAGUAGAUGUUCUGUUGUUCUGUGUUGUCGAGUGGCUCCGUUGCAAAAGGCUGGAAUUGUUGCCCUUGUUAAGAAAGGGACGGCUGACAUGACUCUAGCCAUCGGAGAUGGUGCUAAUGAUGUCUCGAUGAUCCAAAUGGCUGAUGUUGGAGUUGGCAUCAGUGGACAGGAGGGUCGGCAAGCUGUGAUGGCUUCAGAUUUUGCAAUGGGACAGUUUCGGUUUUUGGUUCCUCUUUUAUUCAUACAUGGGCAUUGGAAUUAUCAACGACUUGGUUAUAUGAUAAUAUACAAUUUUUACAGAAAUGCUAUCAUUGUUCUCGUCCUGUUUUGGUAUGUGCUUUUCACUGCCUACACUGUGACAACUGCUAUAAAUGAGUGGAGCAGCAUGUUGUAUUCAAUAAUCUACACGGCGUUUCCGACUAUUGUAGUUGGUAUUCUUGACAAGGAUCUUAGCAAAAGGACUCUCCUAAAGUAUCCUCAGCUUUAUGGAGCCGGGCAAAGACGAGAGGCUUACAAUAAAAAAUUGUUUUGGGUGACAAUGGCUGAUACUUUUUGGCAAAGCAUUGUUGUUUUCUUUGUUCCCCUCUUUGCCUACUGGGGAAGCACUGUAGAUAUAUCAAGCAUAGGAGAUCUUUGGACACUUUCAGUGGUUAUUUUGGUAAAUUUGCACUUGGCUAUGGACAUCAUCAGGUGGAAUUGGGUUAUUCAUGCAGUCAUUUGGGGCUCUAUUGUUGCAACUGUCAUUUGUGUCAUGAUUAUCGAUGCCAUACCGACAUUUUCCGGAUACUGGGCCAUAUUUAAUACUGCAGCUACUGGAUUGUUCUGGUUAUGUUUACUAGGAAUUUUGAUAGCAGCAUUGCUUCCUCGUUUUGCUGUGAAAUAUGUUUAUCAAUAUUACUACCCCAGUGAUAUUCAGAUCUCACGAGAAGCCGAGAAAUUUGCGAAUCAGAGAGUCAUCGGCGGCAACAGACAAAUAGAAAUGUAUCCCAUCCCUGAUGGUCCACCAAGAUGACACAAGUGACUCUUGUUCCUUUUUUCUUCGAUCUUUUUCUUUUGUAAAGUUACAUCACAUAUUCUUUAGGCUGCGUCGAAAUAUUUUUCUCUUCUGUUGGUUGCCAUGUCUCAUUGUCUUCUAUCCGAAGGAUAGAGUAUUUUUGGUUUUUCAUUUCAGAGGUUGCUUGUAAUUUUAUUCUUUUGUGUAGAUAAAUUAGCAUGUUGUAAAUUGACAAUGAUUAUAGUAGAAAUGAAAAGAAUCCCAUAUGUUCUUACA